AUGUCCGCCUCCACACCCGCACCAACGAGUAGCAGUCAUGCAAGCAGCUCGCGCCGAGUACCGCUUGACAAGCGGAAGCGUACCGAGACGAGUUGCGACAAAUGCAAGUCGCGCAAGCAAAAGUGCCGAAAGGAGCCUGGCCAGGAUGCGUGCCGCUACUGCAUCGUGCACAACAUAGAGUGCUUGACGACGCAGCCGCGCAAGAAGAGACUGUAUGGAAGUGUCGAAGGUUUGGGCACUCGUCUGGCGCUGCUCGAGGCGCUGGUCAAGGGGCUGCUUCCCGAGGCCGAUGUAUCCAGUACCGAGGCGUUGCGACAGCUUGCGACCUCGCACGGCAUACCGCUGCCAGAUUCCACGACCAACGACGCCAACGGCGACCACGAUGACAGUGGCGAGGGUGAAGGAGACGACACCGUGUCGCUACUCCCCGACCAGCAAGGGCAGGUGCAGUUUAUUGGCCCCGGCAGCUCGCUCUCCUUCCACAUCAAGCUGCGCACGCUGGUCGGACGAGGCGCCCAACGCGAGUUUGUACUAUUCGGCAAGAAUGCAGCCCAGGCAUCGUCGCCAACAGGAAGCGACGACCAGCGCAUUUCGCCAAACCCGGCCGCCACGUCAAACUCGACCCAUAACUCGGUUGCCAUUCAUGGCCGACACCUGAAUCCCAGCGAAAGACCAAACCUCGAAGUGCUGAUACGCGCCUUCUUUGAACACAUCCACCCGGAUUUUCCAGUCCUACAUGAACCUUCGUUCCGCGAGGCCUACGAAGCGUGGUUAGUCAACCCCAGAAACGCUGACCCGGCCUGGCUAUGCAGCUUCACGUGCAUGCUGUUACUCGCUCGACGCGUCGCGCGCAUCCCCUUCCCAGAAGACCAGGAGCGACUAUGGUGGCAAAGGACACAAACACUUCUCCCGGUCGUCAUCUUCACUUCCAGCAUCACAGCUAUACAGGCUCUGUUACUAGCCGCUAUACAUCUUCACAAUACCAACCACAGGGAUGCUUGCUGGAACCUAACAGGCACCGCUGUUCGUAUAGCAUUUGCCAUUGGACUGCAUCAGGACAAGGUCAAUACUGGCCAAACACCUUUGGCUAGGGAAGUGCGCAAGAUUCUGUGGUGGACGUUAUACGCCUUUGAGACGAUGCAAGUGUCUUCCUAUGACCGUCCGAGUGCCAUCGAGAACCCAGGCGCAAAGAUCAGUUGUCCCAACGAGAGGAUCAUCGGCGGGCCCCCUGACAUGUUCGCAUGCUCAACCCGCUUGUUUAUGCUGCUCGGGUCAACGUGUCGCGCACCCAAGACAGUCAAAUCCAACGCCAGCGACGAGUCCUAUGUUGGCCCAUUAUCACCCGCUGCGGGCGUGCUACGUGAUCUGGUCCGAUGGAAGGAGACAUUACCCCGGCACCUGCAUUACGAGGCCGUAGAUGCCUCGCCUCCUGCUAUGCAACGACCACUGUUGAUGAUACAUUCUGUCUAUCACUAUACGACCAUUGUGUUGUGUCGCUCAGCUCUGCUUGCACGCGCUUCUAGUUUGACUAAAAACGGCCAAGAUCCAACAAACUCCGCUCUCACUGCCAUGGCGGAAGCUUGCUCUGAGUCUGGCCGAUGUCUGGCCAAAGCCUUACUAAAACUCGAAUCUUUUGGCAAAUUCGAUGCCGUCUAUUCUUGUGACGUUUGGUACAUGCUCGCAUCAAGCUCAGUACUAGUUCUUGAUCUUGUGUGCUUGAACAAGCUCGGAGGUAUAGACAUGUCCGAGUCACGCAUCCUGUUAUCUCAGCUCGCAGAUCUGGCGCAGCGGCAUAGGCGAAAUCCCUACAUGCCCGGAACCAUUGAGAAAUUCGCAUCCCUGGUCCCAGAACUACAUUCCAUGGCUGACUCUCUAGCUUCCCCUGUCAGAUUCGCAGACUCAGAACUGGAAACCCACGAUACAGGGCCGCAGAGUUCCCUUCCAUCGCAGCAAUUAUCGCAGGCGGACGCUGUGCCGCACAUGUACCACCAAUCGCCGCCUGGUGUGGGCACAUACAUGUAUGCAGAUUCUAUGCCAGGCCGCAUAUACCCUGAUCAGGCCUACAUGGGGCCGGCCAUGCACCCUAACGCCCGGUUCGAUAGGACGACGCAGUUGCAGUUCAUGGACUUUACCAUUAAUAACAUUCACGAGUGGAACUGGGCGGAUAUUGGGACUAUGGCUGGCCCCGAAGGCGUUCCGAACAUGCCUGGAAACCCUCAUGUACAUGGACCACAGCCAACAGGGCCGAAUUGA